CACAUGUUUACCGUCGGUUUGUGCACACAUAACGAGUGGUUCUUGCUCGUCUUGCUUGCUUGUUCUUCUUGGCCGCUUCAACCAGAAAGGUUUGAGGUGAAACAAUGGCAUCUUCGUUGUCUUGUAGAGAACCAAGCUGUGUAAAUGUGUAUGUACGUAUGUACUUGUAGCUCUUUUUUCCUGGCUUCUUCAUUUGAGUCCUGUUCACUUGCUGUUGGUGUGGAGUGGUGCGGACUCUCCAUUCUUCAAGCCCCGAAAACUGAUGAUGAGACUCUCGGUGCUCAAACCUGUUUACUAGGAGAGCGAUUGUUUUAUUGCACUUGGCCAAAUUCCCGUGUUGCCUCCAUCCUUGCACCUCCAGACUCCCUGCCCCCUCCCUCGAAUUGAAUUAGACCAGUGUUUGGUGGCGGUGGUGUCAUGGCGAGAAUUCUGUGACGAUGGGCUUACUACUCGCCUCAUGUGAUGGAAUAGCUGGCGAGAGGCCAGUCCUUAAUUCAUCUCCUACCGGUGUGGCCGUGAAUUUCAAAGAUUUCCGCAAUUAGGAUUCAUCUCCAUGAUGUUGUAAAACGCAAUCCCAAGCUCGAAAGAAGUGCACAAUGUUGGCUUGAGGAGUGGAAAAGUUGUGGGAAGUUCAUCAACAUCUGCCAUUCUCCACAAGGGAAGGAUCUUUUGUGACAGACAGAUAAGGAAGCUGAUUAAUCACAUGUACGGACCUCCUGGUGGAACGUCAUGACUAUCGACUACAUGCAGCCUGACGGGGAAAGCCUUAUGGUGCUUUCGGUGCUUUCGGUGGCCCUCAUGCGAUGAUCGUAAAUGGAGAUAUAGGCUGCUCGCCAAACGUCAAUCAUUGAAAGCACUCAAGAAGGCCUUUGAGCCAAACUAGUCAAAGGGGGGAAGUGAUAUUUCAUGUCUUCGUGCUCUUGGUAGAAAUCUUCUCCCCUGUCUCUUGUUCGUUCGUUCGUUCCUUCAUUCGUCCGUCCGAACGUCAGUUACCUUCGGGAGAGAUACAAGGGCCAUUCAUACCAAUACCUGGAUGGUGUGUGUGUGUGUAUGCGCGCUUUGUAAUCUCUUGAUGAGGGUUUGCAAAGUCAAUACUAGUCCUCCCUCAUCCUUCCCAUGGCCUACAUCAUGUCUGGCGAGUAGAUGGCUCCUCCUGUUAUCAGACCUCAAGAGCGGCGACAUUUGUCAGAAAAUGCAGAACGAGAAAGAGAACAACGGGAGUGAAUAAUGAUUCAUUUACGUACUAUUUGAGCAAUCAAGUGCUUCGAUGGAUUUCAGAAAUCGAUUCUACUUUUAUAUUCAAAUUUGAGGGUAGAGGGUGCACGAAGGAACCUGCUUGAAAAGCAACCUCGUAGAGACCCAAAAUUCGGAGAACAGGAAGAAGAAGAAGCCAGUGUCUCUCGUUGGUUGACCUUAAUGAGUGCCUUUGUGGAAAGCGGAUUGCGUGGAUUUGGUCUCAGGUAGACAGACUCACCUAGCUUACCACGACCAUCCAUCCCAGGACAGUUUAGAAGAGAAAGCGCCCAAGUGCUUCAAGUGCUUGCUUGCUUGCGUCCUUGGCGUCUUGUCUUCUUGGUUGUGCGAGAACAACUCUUUAGUCCCUUGGAGUCAUGCAAUCCUUAUGGGACGACGAGUUCUGGCUCCCUCCAAAUGUCACAUGGAGUGAUCUGGAGGGCACGAGGAAUGGAAUCAACUUUAGGAAAAUUAGCGAUCUGUGGUAUCCCCUCUUUGGUGCCGGAGUCAUUUUGGUGCUUCGAUUUGUGAUAGAACAGAAACUGGCCAGACCCAUCGGAAUUGGCAUGGGCAUGAAGGCCAACACUCGCCGUCCACCGCGACCCAAUCCAAUCUUGGAAAAGGUGUACGAGAAAACAAGCAAACCGGAGGGCCGACAAGUGGACGCCCUUGCCAAGCAAACUGAUUUGUCCACACGGGAAGUGGAACUUUGGUUCCGAAAACGCUGGCUGGCCAGCAAACCAAGCACUUUGGACAAGUUCUGCGAAUCCUUCUGGAGGUCCGUGUACUACACGGCCUUGUACGCCUACAGUUGGAUCAUCCUGUGGGACAAGAGCUGGUUUUGGGACAUUACCAAUUGCUGGCAUCUGUACCCAUUGCAUCCGAUGACAACGGAUGUCUGGUGGUACUACAUGGUCGAAUUGGCAUUCUACUGGAGCUUGCUCUGUUCGCAGUUCUUCGAUGCGAAACGGUCAGAUUUCUACGCCAUGUUCACGCAUCACGUGGCCACAAUCCUGCUGUUGUCGCUCUCGCUCAUCUGCAAUCUGUUUCGCGUGGGAACCUUAGUCCUAUGGGUUCACGAUUGCGCCGAUGUGUUCUUGGAAACCGCCAAGGCGUUCAAGUACGCCAAAUACCCCAAGACAUCGGAUGUUUUCUUCUACUUCUUCGCCAUUUCUUGGAUAGCCACGCGUCUAGGUUAUUUCCCCACGUGGAUUCUCUAUAGCAUCACGGUGGAGGCACCACAAUUUAUCCAGUACUAUGGCGCCUACAACGUCUUCAGUGGGCUCCUGUCCAUCUUGCUCAUUCUGAAUCUGUUUUGGGCCUACCAUAUAUUCAAAAUGGCCUAUUUGGGCUUCAUGGCCCCAGAUGGUCGCGUUGGUAAGGAUUCGCGGAGUGACUCCGAAGACGAGUCCGACUCUCCGUCCCAUACUUGAUCGAGUCCAGAAGGCGUCAGGAGUGAUAUGCAAUAGUUGAACGUGAGCUCCCCUUCUGCAGCUCAAUUGCGAUGUUUUGAAAAGCACUUUAAAGCACGCUAACGAGCAUUGAUUAUGUUCUGGCUGUAAUAGUAUGCACUCAUUUUUAUAAAACCCCGAUUGUGAAGUGUACUUAAGUCAAACAACGCCAUUAGGAGUCACGCGAAUAAAGCCAUUGAGACUAGCCAGCAAGUGAGGCGAUCUCAGUAUAAACAGUCAAA